CCUUGAAAGUCAAUAGGUAAUGUCAAUAAAGAGUCGUCAAUCAAUCAAAACAAGCUUAUUUUGAAGAACUUUUUCAUGAAAGUAAACCUUUUUGUUGAGUUUAUAUUAUUUUAGGUAAACGUGUUUACAGAAUAAAGAGUUAACGCGAUGUUUUCAUUUCCUACAUCUCUUACUACUGCUAGAAAUGCAGUACGUAAGACGAAUAUACAUUCAUUGUACAGUUUCAUAGUAGGCAGAAGGGAAAGCACAAACGGAGAGACAGAUUUCAUAAAAAUGGUGGACCCCAAGAGAGUGUUGAAGUACGAAGAUAUGUUGCAAGUAAUCCACCAGCCAGAGAAAGUGAUCAUUGAUGUUCGGGACCCAGACGAGGUGCAAUCCACUGGCAAGAUACCAUCCAGCAUCAAUAUUCCAUUGGGAGAUGUCCAUGAGUCAUUGGUGACAAUGUCUCAUGAGGAUUUCCGGCGUCAGUACCAACGAGAGAAACCAUCAAAUUCCGAUGAGCUUAUCUUCUAUUGCCAGUCUGGCAGACGAUCUUCCGAAGCCUUGCAUAAGGCUUUGCAGAUGGGCUACGUAAACUCAAAAACUUAUUUGGGAAGCUGGUCGGAUUGGUCCAGUCGACAUAGUGAUAAUAAUGUUUAAAAUGUGAUGUAUGUUAAACAAAUAAAAAUAUUUUUCUUAUUUUAA